CACAAACUUUGAGUCAUUUGUUUUGAUAAUGUCUUUGAUUAUGAGUUAUUGAUACCACUUAUGAGUCAUUCCUCACGAGUUGUCUCUUUGUUUGAAAGCAUUGAAUGCGAGGAGUGAUGGCCAGCAUCUGCAGAGGAGCGCUGAUAGUGUUGGAAGGGGUGGACAGAGUGGGAAAGACCACACAAGCUGUCCGUCUGGUGGAAGCGCUGAAGUCGAUGUCCCGGUCGACACAAUUGGUCCGCUUUCCAGACAGAGUCACACCAAUCGGUCAAAUGAUUAGCCAAUACUUGAAAGGCGACCAACAGUUGGACGACAGAGUGAUUCAUCUGUUGUUUUCUGCCAAUCGAUGGGAAAUGAGUGACCAAUUGGAACAACUGCUGUCUUCGGGCACAUCAGUGAUCGCCGACCGCUAUGUCUACUCAGGAGUGGCCUAUUCUGCGGCCAAACCUGGGAUGGACUUUGAAUGGUGUCGACAGUCGGACAAAGGGCUCCCGAAACCCGAUUCAGUGCUCUAUUUGACGGCAUCUGAAGACUCGAUUGCCUCCAGAAAUGGUUUCGGAGACGAGAGAUACGAGACGAAGACAUUUCAACACAGAGUCCGAAAUAAUUACGACAAACUCAGAGAAGACUAUUGGGAGACAAUUAGCGCCGAUAAGAGUGAAGACGAGUUGCAUAAAGAGCUCUUGGAUUCAGUGCUGAAGACCAUUGAAAGGGUUAAGACUUCUGGCGAUAACAAAAUCCCUAAGCUAUGGGUAGACUGAAAAUCACCAUAACUUAUGGUAAAUCUCUAAAGAUUUGUAUACAUUUUGAAUGAAAUAAAUUUUAUUUUAAUUAAUUUUAUGAUAAACUUUUUGAUCGAUUGAUUGCAC